AUGGAGUUCUCGAUCUCUCAAUCACCGCGUCUUCGGUUCUCGCCUCGUUUCUUAGUAGCUUCUCAUCCUUCGUCGCAUUUAGCUGGGAAAUUUAUAAGUCGUCCUAUAGAUGUUGCCUCCACGGGCUUAUCAACUUCGAGAAUGCGGUCGAAAUUUGUUUCAACUAAUUAUAGAAAGAUCUCGAUCCGGGCUCUUUUCAAUGGCACUCACAAACGUAGAUACUACCAGGCAUGUUCUCAGGUUGAUGCUCCUGGUUCCGAUCCAUUUCUGGAUAAAGUUGCGCAUUUCCAAAAUACAUGCUGGAGAUUUCUUAGGCCCCAUACGAUCCAUGGAACAGCUUUAGGAUCCACUGCCUUGGUGGCAAGAGCUUUGAUAGGGAACACUCAUCUGAUAAAACGGAGUCUCGUACUCAAGGCACUUUCAGGUCUUCUUGCUGUUAUAUGUGGAAAUGGCUAUAUAGUUGGCAUCAAUCAGAUCUAUGACAUUGGAAUUGACAAAGUGAACAAGCCAUACUUGCCGAUAGCAGCAGGAGAUCUCUCAGUUCGGUCUGCAUGGUUGUUGGUGAUAUUUUUUGCAAUUGCAGGGCUGUUGAAUGCAUUGCAUGCCUUUGAUCCAUUCAUUACAAGCCUAUACUGUCUUGGCCUUUUCCUGGGAACCAUCUACUCUGUUCCACCGUUUAGAAUGAAAAGAUUUCCAGUUGCAGCAUUUCUUAUUAUUGCCACGGUACGAGGUUUCCUGCUGAAUUUUGGUGUGUACCAUGCUACAAGAGCUGCUCUUGGACUUCCGUUUCAGUGGAGUGCGCCUGUGGCUUUCAUCACGUCUUUUGUGAAAUUGUUUGCACUGGUCAUUGCUAUUACAAAAGAUCUUCCUGAUGUUGAAGGAGAUCGCAAGUUCCAAAUAUCAACACUAGCAACAAAGCUUGGAGUGAGGAACAUUGCAUUCCUCGGUUCUGGACUUCUGCUGGUGAACUAUAUUUCUGCCAUAUCACUAGCUUUCUACAUGCCUCAGGAAGCUAUUGGAGGAUAUUACCGGUUUAUAUGGAAUCUCUUCUACGCUGAGUAUUUGUUAUUCCCUUUCUUCUAG